UGUGCAACGGAGCACGCGGUCGCGGUUUCUGUUUCUGUGGGCCGGUAUUGUUUACGGUCGCCCUAACUGUUUAUUAAUGUGAUCACAGUGAAGCCAUUUGUCGUUUCUACUGAUAUCAAUUAAUGACGGACGUGUCAGAAUUCAUUAUUGACACUGCUGAUGGCUAUACUCGUGUUCACUCUGCAGCUUACGGCGGAUCUGUGGCGGAACUUCAUGCGCUGCUCCGAUGUCAUCCAAAUGAAAUAAAUCGAGGGGUCAGACCGUUUGGCGCAACACCGUUAAGACUUGCUGCCACGCGUGGGCACAGUACCUGUGUACGUUACCUUCUGAAACGGAAUGCAGAGGUCGACCUUCCCGAUAUCAAGGCUCAAACACCACUGUUUGUCGCCAUUCAGAAGCAAUACACGGAUUGUGCCAAGGCACUGCUAGAAGCAGGAGCGAACCCUAAUGGAAAUCCUGAAAACAGGAGCACUCCGCUCUAUAUUGCAGCACAAAUAGGUUACCUAGAGGGCAUAAAGAUACUGUUGGCCAACGGUGCAGAGACAGAAGUGAAGCAGAGGUUACUCGGGGCAGCACCGGGUUUACCAUUGCACAUAAGCGCCAUCUACCACCAUUUCCGGUGCUACUGUGCCCUUCUUCUCAAUGGAGCCGAGCCGGAUCUCCGGUUCACACGGCCAGCCGUACCAGCAUCCAUCUGUGCCCAAAUGUCCCUCUGCCAUGUCCUUGUGAAGCACAGAUGUCCUACGAAAUUUGGAAUCUUGCUUAUAGAGUUUGGUGGAAACUUGUGGCAGAGAGACCCUCGUGGACAGACAGCCACGGAGCUCAUACAGGACGCACCGUGUAAACGGUUGUUCCAUCAGUUCUUGGACCAACCAAAAUCCUUGCAGUCACUGUGUAGAGUCUCAAUACGGAGAACACUGGGCCGUGAACGGCUGAAGUACAUGAAGGCCCUGCCAGUACCACUGCAAAUCUUUGACUACCUCACGUAUGCAGACAUUAUACCAAGUGCAAUGGAAUAUGUAACACUGGCUUAGGAUACAAAUAAACACAGAAACAUUGUU